AAUCGCUAGUAACGACUUACGAACGAAAGAACGGAUCAUGUCAUAUCCUUUCUUCUUAUGCCCCAUCGAGACGCCGCAAGACUCCGCUAGAAUAUCGUCCACGUGCCGCGGCUCCGUCUUCCCCGUGUAAACCAGCCCAUUGCCUGGUCGUCUCCCGGUAGGUGGGGAACCACCACCAACGUUAACCCCAUAUCCUAGGGACUGGGGGCCGCCGAGUCUACGGUGUGGGAGGCCCCGAGAUGGGGAAGCUCCUCGUGUAACGGUACUCCGUAGUUCGAGGAUGGACACCGACCCGUUGGUUGGGCCAUCGUUGACAAGCGUCCCUGUCUGUUGAUCCCACGCCUUGCCCAGGUUUUCCUCUUCCUUUAAAAGAAUCGGCCCAUCCCGCGCAUCUCUCUCGCGCGCGCGUCUGCUCUCCCCAGUUGCCUCCCCUUCGAGCAAAGUAACAGAAACGAGUGCGCUGCGGUUCAGUGCCCAAUCCCCGAGCCACAAUGGCAAAACUCGAAGACGAAUUCAAAGGCCAGGCCGAAGUCGAACAUGACAAUGAGCCGCCCGUGUACGUUGAGAAGGCCGCCGUCGGCGAGGUGAAGGAGAUCAAUGCCGCCUCCGUCGCGUUGGCUGCCGCCAUGGCGGAGCAGCAAGUCAACUGGUGGUCGCCCAACAUGAUCAAGUUGUACGGCAUCAUGGCGAUCGGCUAUCUUGUUUCGACUAUGAACGGCUUCGACUCGUCCCUCAUGGGAGCGAUCAACGCAAUGCCACCCUAUCAAGAGACCUUCGGACUCUCGAGCGCCGGUUCCACAACUGGCAUCGUCUUCAUGAUCUACCAGGUCGGCCAAAUUUGCAGUUUCCCGUUCUGUGGUAUGAUCGCAGAUGGCUGGGGUCGAAGACUCUGCAUCUUCGUCGGCUGCUUCAUUGUUCUCAUCGGCACAGCUAUCCAAGCACCUGCCAAUCACCUGGGACAGUUUGUGGCAGGCCGAUUUGUCCUCGGCUUUGGAGCUUCUCUUGCCUCCGCUGCCGGACCUGCUUACGUCGUUGAGCUGGCGCACCCUUCCGCUCGUGGAACCAUGGCUGGUCUUUACAACAACUUUUGGUGGCUUGGGAAUAUUCUGGCUGGUUGGACUACCUACGGAGCGAACUACCACGUCAAAACAAGCUGGGCGUGGAGAAUCCCCACCGUCGUCCAGGCUGGUAUGCCCGCAGUAGUCAUGAUAUUCAUCAUGUUCUUCCCCGAAAGCCCUCGAUGGCUCAUUUCAAAAGAUCGUGCAGAGGAGGCGCUCGCCAUCUUGGCCAAGUACCACGGUGACGGCGACGUGAACUCCCCCAUCGUGCAGCUCCAGUACCACGAAAUCAUCGCGGAUCACCGCUCGACCACCGACGAGAACCCCUGGUGGCAGAUGAAGGAGCUCUUCAACACCAAGGCCCGCCGGUACAGACUUUUCAUGGUCAUUGCCAUGGCUUUCAUCGGCCAGUGGUCUGGAAACAACGUCGUAUCCUACUUCAUGCCCGAGAUGUUCAAGCAAGCCGGCAUCACCGACGACAACACCCAACUCCUCCUCAACGCCAUCAACCCAAUCUUCUCCAUGAUCGCCGCCAUCUGGGGCGCGACCCUCCUCGACAGGCUCGGCCGCCGCUUCAUGAUGCUGGCUGGCUUGACCGGCUCGCUCGCCUCCUACGUCAUGCUCACGGCCUUCACCGCCGAGUCGGCGAACCACAAGAACCUCUCGUACGGCGUCAUUGUCUCCAUUUACAUCUUUGGCAUCUGCUUCGCCUGGGGUUUCACGCCGCUUCAGACGCUGUAUGCUGUCGAGUGUCUUGAGAACCGCACGCGCGCUAAGGGAUCUGGACUUUCAUUCCUGUUCCUGAAUGUCGCUAUCAUGAUCAACACCUAUGGUAUCUCCGUCGGUAUGGAGAAGAUUGCAUGGAAGCUGUACCUCGUCUACAUUGCCUGGAUUUGCAUUGAAAUGGCAAUCAUCUACUUCUUCUUCGUCGAGACUGCUGGAAAGACACUGGAAGAGCUCAAGUCCAUCUUUGAGGCUCCCAACCCCAGGAAAGAGUCUACCAAGAAGACAAAGGUUGCUGUCGACGAGGCUGGUAACGUCAUCAACGUCGGUGCGACCACUUCUGGUAUCUAAGUGACAUUGGACUGAGUGCUUCCGUUGGUGGCUCGGCUUCGAGUACCAUAAUGACCUGCAUCUAGUCAUUCUAUUGUGGGAAGAAGGAAGGAAGGAGGAAGAGAAGACAUAAGAGAUGAGAUAAUGGAAUGAAAGAAGAGAUGACACAGAGCAUAAAGACACUGGAUUACUUGUUGACCCAGCUACUCUUAUGCUCGACACUUCUUCCACGAUACCCCCUAUGUUAUAUACCAACCACUGCGUUUACCCCGCAUCUGAUGGGCUUCUUGAAGAAUAAUAUGUUUUUGGAGCAUCCGUCGCAUCAUUCGAUUUUCUCUUGGAAUAUCUGACUCGUGUCACU